AUGGAAGGCUCAAGUCGACUGUCCGGCGCGUCUCCCGCAACGCCCGCCACUCUGGCCAACCUUCAGAAGCACACUCAAGAACACGCAGACACAUCAAUGAGUUUUGAGUACACCGAACAACUGCUUACCCCAGAGAACAGUCGCUCCGAGACCUCGAGCAACAAUGACAACGCGUCCCAUGAAGAGAAACCGACUCAACGCCGACGGUCAACACGUGUAACACGCGCUUCACUGCGCGGGGGCCUCCGACCAGACGACCUUGUUGGGGCAGAUGCUCAGAAUAGCCCAUCCCUAAGCGGCGAGAACAACAAUUCACUUAUCGGUCGUGGCGAAUUCUCCGCGGCGGAGAAGCCGAAGCGAUCGUCUUCCUCCGCCUCCCACCUCCGACACAGCAUAGCCGUUAUGGAAACAACCCUGUGGGCGGACGAGCAAUCUACGCUAGACAACCACCCCAUGACUCCGGAGACGCAGGUUUCUGAGAAGUCAUCGCAGGAGUCACCAGCCCAGGAUAUUACAACAUCUCUACAGCGACGGACUCUCCGCAAGCGCGUGGAGCGGGUGCUGACCCAGGAUGAGAACAAGGCGCAGGAGAAGCUUACAACCACCGUCAAGGCUGUCAAAGAGGAUAGUCCACAGCCCACUCGACGCUCGUCGCGACUAAGUCUCUUGACGAAGGCGUCGGAGUUGGUGGGUCGGGCGAGCAGCGUCCUGGGAAAGCGCUCGCGUGAUGCGACGGAGAAGGGCACAGACGGCGGGCGCCGGGCGGGACUAAGACCGCGCAAUGUCAUCGCCCCUAACAAGGAGGAGCGAUCGGUCCCUCCAGCAUCCGAUGGCCCGGCGACGAAAAAGCGACGGGUCUCGGAGAGUGACCUGCCUGCUGCCGCCAAGGCUGCGGAAGAGACCUCUCAAGAUGUGGCGGCACCAGCACCAUCCCCCGCGCCGCGCUUUAGGCGCAAGCGCUGGCUGGCUCAUGGGUUGUACACUGGGCAGGAACGAGAAGAUGGACCGCCAAGUCAGAGUCGCAGUAAGAACAGACGCAAGAGUCAGAAUAACAGCAAAGAAGCACCGCCUCAGCGACGCCUAUUACCAAUGCCCAUGUUUGCAGGAGAACGGCUGUUGCAGCGUGGAAGGGAUUUCCAGCUUCCAUUUGACAUCUUUUCGCCGCUGCCCCCCGGUCAACCGAAGCCUGACGAGUGGCGGAAGACCAACAAGAAUGUCUUCGUUGGGGAUGCGGGCAGUAUAUGGCGCGCAAAUAAGCAUAUCGACUUGUCGAACUGUAUGUGUACGGAGGAAACCGGCUGCGACGAAGAUUGCCAGAAUCGCCACAUGUUGUAUGAAUGUGAUGAUGGCAACUGCAGGCUAGGUCCUGAUUGCGGUAAUCGGAGUUUUGAGGAGCUCAAGCACAGAGCGAAGGUUGGAGGCAAGUACAAUGUCGGCGUCGAGGUAAUCAAGACAGAGGAUCGCGGCUACGGAGUUCGCAGCAACCGCACAUUCGAGCCAAACCAAGUCAUUGUAGAAUACACAGGUGAAAUCAUCACGCAGACUGAAUGCGAGAGGCGAAUGCGCACGGUCUACAAAAAUAACGAGUGCUACUAUCUGAUGUACUUCGAUCAAAAUAUGAUCAUUGAUGCCACUCGGGGCUCUAUCGCUCGCUUCGUGAAUCACUCAUGCGAACCAAACUGCCGCAUGGAGAAGUGGACGGUGGCUGGCAAGCCGCGCAUGGCCCUUUUCGCUGGGGAUCGAGGGAUCAUGACAGGAGAGGAGUUGACCUACGAUUACAAUUUCGAUCCCUAUUCUCAGAAGAACGUCCAACAGUGUCGAUGUGGUGCCGCUAAUUGCCGUGGGGUUCUUGGCCCGCGACCAAGGGAGAAGGACCGGCGUGCAAAGGAACAGGACGAAAGGCUAAAGCAGGCUGCUUUGAAGAAGCCAGUCGUCAAGCGAAAGGCCACCAGCGUCCUCAGCAAAUCACCUUCGGGUGUCAGCAAGCAACGCAAGAUUCUUACCACCAAGGCAGUCAAGGCAACUGUCAAGAAGGCAGUCGCGCGCGCUCGUGCCUCCGUGUCAAAAUCCAGUUCAGCUCGCUCGAGACAGGCAAACGCCAAAGCGACUGUCAAGAAGCUCGCCAACACGAAAGCCGCCACGACGAAACGAACAUCGAAAGAUGAACCCACGAAAUCCAAGAUUAAGCUGCCCACCGUCAAGGCUACCAAGACCAAGGCCAGAGCUACAAUGCCCAAGAAAUCCACACCGACUAAGACUCAGAUGCCCGACGCAAAGUCUGUGAAAACCUCAGAGCCGAAGAAGAUAGCAUCCAAGCUUAACCGGCCAUCCGCGGCAACCAAAGCGAAGAUCCUCGCCGCCGCGAAGGGCACGAAUUCACGGAAACGGCCGACAGCAAAGAAGCAAGAUAGCAAGAGUACUUCCAAGACCAAAACACCGACUAAAGUGGUGACGCCAAAUCCGGAAAAAUCGCAGCGUGCGACCAAGGCUACGAAGACCGCGUCUCCGAGGAAGAGCAGGAAAUAGAUGAUCGUGGUCAACGAUUGGAGUUCUGGAUGAAUCCGGUAUCCAUUGGAGAAUUGGAUGAAACCGUCUCUCGGAUAACUCCCGUCUGCUUGAAGUGUGUGUUUUUUUUUUUUUUUUUUUU